AGUCUUCCUUCAAUCGUUGUCUCUUGGAGGGUCCUCCGUAUCAAUGUCCACAAAUCCCAUUUAAGGAAUAACACAACACCUUCCAAAACUCAAACGACCCACCAAAAAAAAAUCGAAUCUUGAAACCAAAGUUGAAGACUUUGAAGAUGCUCAAGAGCGAACCAUCUCUCUCAAUCUACUGCGAAUCCGUAAAUGAUCUCAAACCCGAAGAGGCAGUCACUAGCUUCGAGGAGAAGAAUUUGGAUAGAACGGUUUCGAUUGGUGACUCCGUUGACGCUGACUUCAGCUUUGCUAAGCACAGCAGCAUCGAUACCUUAACGAUCAAGGAAGAGGAAAGGUUUGAGAUUGAGAGGCCGCAAAGUCCUCCUAUGCAUUUAGCUGCAGGGCUUGGGGUUGAUAAGUUUGAUCUUUAUAGUGGUGAGGUCAAGUUUGACUUUCCGAGUUUUGAUGAUGAGAGUUGUGGUGAGUACUAUAGAAGGAUGCUUGAGGAGUAUCCGUUGCAUCCUUUGCUUCUUAGAAACUAUGCUAACUUCUUGGAGUACAAAGGAGAUGUUAAUGGAGCAGAAGAGUAUUAUCAUAAGUGUACUGUGGUUGAGCCUAGUGAUGGAGUUGCUUUGGCGAAUUAUGGUAGGUUGGUGAUGAAGCUUCACAAGGAUGAAGCUAAAGCGUUAAGCUACUUUGAACGCGCUGUUCAAGCAUCUCCUGAGGAUAGCAAUGUUCUUGGAGCAUAUGCUAGUUUCCUCUGGGAGAUAAAUGAUGAGCAGGACGAUGAGGAUGAUGAGUCUUUCGGAGACAGAACUCAGCAAGGAAAAGAAGACUUUCAGCCUGAGGUAGGGGAAAAACGCAGCUCAAGGUUGUCUGAAACGGUAGAUGGAGAAACGCUCUGCAGAUACGCGAAAGCGUUUUGGAGUAUUAAUGGUGACAAGGAGAAGGCAUUGUUCUAUUUCGAGAAGGCCGUUGAAGCCUCUCCAAAUGACAGCAUUGUACUUGGAGAGUACGCUCGGUUCCUAUGGGAAAUAGAAGAAUGAUGAUAAAGAUAUCUCUAAAGUCUCACACGUCCAUAAGAUCUCCUUUGUAAAGCAAAAGCUAUUGUUAUAUUAGCUUUUAUGCUAAUGCAGCUUCACUCAUUUGCUUUAAUGUCUUGUAUUCUCAGAAUCCUUUUAAUAUCUCUUGCGUGUUCAAAUGUUUUUUUGAAUGAUAAACCUAAUCAAUGUAAUGUAAAUGCUUCUUGUUUCACAUAGUUUUAUUCUCA